ACCUACAUCACCUGUCCUGGCGGUCCAUGGAGACCUGCUCUUGCCUUUUGGGCCUGGGCUUCAGGGUUGGUGGGAUGAUUCACGAAUGCCACAUAGCUGCGUCAUGGAAAAUGAGCAGGAAAAGGUUGAAGCUAUGAAGAGAGUACUAGAAAGUCUCAACCUCAACAUAGUAGAGAUGGUAGAUGAAAACGCAACCUUGGAUGGUGGAGAUGUCUUAUUUACAGGCAGAGAAUUUUUUGUGGGUCUUUCCAGGCGGACAAAUCAACGUGGUGCAGAAAUUCUGGCUGAUACAUUUAAGGAUUAUGCUGUCUCCACAGUUCCUGUUCAUGAUUCUUUGCAUCUGAAGAGCUUUUGCAGCAUGGCUGGACCAAACUUGAUUGCUAUUGGAUCAAGUGAAGCUGCACAGAAAGCCCUCAAG